AUGGAGGAGGAGCCGCCGACCACGGGCCUGGCGGCGCGCGACGACCUGUGCUCGGCACUGCCCUCCCUCCCCAUCGUCCUCCGCGGUGGCGCGCUCUUCUGGCCGCCCACGGCGCACGAGUCGCUCCGGGCGCUCGCGCUCGGCCCUGACGUCAGCCACGUCGCCUCAGGGGACGUCCUCGCCGACGUGCUCACCGACCUCCGCCUCACGCUCCCCUCGCGUGCUGCCGAUGGCCUGGCGCUCUUCUUCGAUGACCUCCUCUCCCGGGCCCAGGCACGGGGCUGGUUCGCCGAGGUCGUCCCCAACCUCGCAUGCCUCCUCCUCCGCCUCCCCGCUCUGCUCGAGGACCACUACGCCAAGGCCGGCCACGGCGCCUCCGAGCUCUAG